UGCGCUCAGCGGACAAAGGACUCCGGAAGAGCGGGUCGUCGGGCGGGGGUUUUCAUUCGUGUCGGCGCCUGCACUUCGAUGCGGCGCGAUCUGUGAGCCCGCAAACCGGGACACUGCUCGACUUGGUCUCUCUCUCAGCCCCACGAUCCUCACCCGGGCCGGGAGCAGUUUGCGACUGGCGAACGAAGGUGCUGGCGUGAAGUGUCAGUACAGAGGCCUAAAGUAAGUCGGUAAAAGGAAGGGAUGGUCAAUCGGAGCGGUCAUUGUCAGAGUGUGCAAGUGUUAGAGUGCGAAGGCUUUGGCUCCACAGGCAGAAGGACAAGGAAGAAGAGCUACGUGAAUCAACCUUUGGUCUGAGCAAGAAUUUAUUUACACAGCCUGAAGACUGUACAGCACUUUAAAUUAACAUCAUAUAAUUGAAAAUCCAGCUACAAGGUAACGAAGGCCAUCUACAUGGGAGCAUUUCCAUUACCAUGUGGCCAUGCACCCAUGCACCUUGUUGACCCCAGAAGAUGAAGUGCCUCAUCCCAAAUGGAAAGAUGUUUCGUGUCUGAAAUUAAGUUUUCUGUUGUAACUCUGUGAAAUCCCCUGGAACCAGCGUGCUGAGAACACACCUGCAUUUGCUCACGAGAGAUCAGUCUUUCAACUGCGUUAAUUCACCACGCCUGACAUCUGACUUGAUGAACUGCCAGCGAAUUGAUAGAGAAAUGUGUGAAGGGAUUCGCUCACUCAUCCCACCUGCAGGCACACACUUGAGUUCACACUGAGGAGAGGUUGUUCACCUGUUCUGUGUGUGGGAAGGGAUUCACUCGGUUAUCCAGCCUACAGACACACCAGACAGUUCACACUGGGGAGAAGCCGUUCACAUGUUCAGACUGUGGGAAGGGAUUCGCUCACUCAUCCCACCUGCAGGCACACACUUGAGUUCACACUGGGGAGAGGUUGUUCACCUGUUCUGUGUGUGGGAAGGGAUUAGCUUGGGCAUACAGCCUACAGAACACAACAGAGAUGCCGUUCACCUGCUCAGACUGUGGGAAGGGAUUUCCUCAGUCUUCUCAACUGAAGGUACAUCAGCAAAUUCAUACUGGGGAGAAGCCAUUCACCUGUUCAGAAUGUGGGAUGGCCUUCACUACCUCAUUCAGACUACAAAGACACCAGCAAGUCCACACUGGGGAGAGGCCGUUCACCUGUUCAGUGUGUGGGAAGGGAUUCACUCGGUUAUCCAGCCUACAGACACACCAGACAGUUCACACUGGGGAGAAGCCGUUCACAUGUUCAGACUGUGGGAAGGGAUUCGCUCAGUCAUCCCACCUACAGACACACCAGGCACUUCACACUGGGGAGAGGCCAUUCACUUGCUCAAAUUGUGGGAAACGAUUUACUCGGUCAUCUGAGCUACUGGCACACCAAUCAGUUCACACUGGGGAGAGGCCUUUCAUCUGCUUAGACUGUGGGAAGGGAUUCAUUUGGUCAUCUCAACUUAAAGUACAUCAGCGAAUUCACACUGGGGAGAAGCCAUUCAUCUGUUCAGAUUGUGGGAAGGGAUUUAUUCGGUCAUCUGACCUACGGGCUCACCAGUUAAUUCACACUGGGGAGAGGCCAUUCACCUGCUCAGAUUGUGGAAUGGGGUUUACUUACUUAUCCAAACUGCAGAGACACCAACGAGUUCACACUGGCGAGAGGCCAUUCACCUGUUCUCUGUGUGGGAAGGGAUUCACUCGGCUAUCCAGCCUGCAGAUACACCAGUCAGUUCACACUGGGGAGAGGCCGUUUACCUGUUCAGAAUGUGGAAAGGGAUUCACUCAGUCAUCCCAUCUACAGAGACACCUGUCAGUUCAUACUGGGGAGAAGCCGUACACCUGUUCAGACUGUGGGAAGGGAUUUGCUUCUUCAUCUGAACUGAUGGUACACCAGCGAAUUCACACUGAGGAGAGGCCGUUCACCUGCUCAGAUUGUGGGAAAGGAUUCACUCGGUCAUCUGACCUGCUAGCACACCAGCGAGUUCACACUGGGGUGAGGCCAUUCACCUGCUCAGACUGUGGGAAGGGAUUCACUCAGUCAUCUCAACUGAAGGUACACCAGCGAGUACACACUGGGGAAAGGCCAUUCACCUGCUCAUUCUGUGGGAAGGGGUUCACUCGGUCAUCUCACCUAUAUACACACCAGUCAGUUCACACCGGGGAGAGGCCGUUCACCUGCUCAGACUGUGGGAAGGGAUUCACUCACUCAUCCAACCUACAGAGACACCAGCGAGUUCACACAGGAGAGAGGCCAUUCACCUGUUCUAUAUGUUGGAAAGAAUUCACUCGAUUAUCCAGCCUGCAGACACACCAGUCAGUUCACACUGGAGAGAUGCUGGUCACCCUCUCAGACUGUGGAAAGGGAUUCACUCAGUCGUACGAUCUGCAGACAAAUCAGUCAAUUCCUACUGGGAGGAACGAUUGCGGGAAGAGUUUCAUUCAGUUAUCCAGUCUUGUGACACAGGACUGAGUUCACAGCGGAAAAGGUUUAAAUGAGCUGCAUGCAGAAUAUUUAACCUUCAUGGUGGCUGAAUCCAGAGGCAGGCUCAAAGGUGACUUAGUGUCGAACUCUGAAAAUAUUGCUGCUGCUCAUCACAUCAGUUCUCUUGCUGAAUUCCACCUUUAUUCGGACUGGAGUCUAAUAUUCUGGAUCUGUGACUAAUAAAUAAGUUCUAAACUCUG